UGGAGGAGGAGAAAGAUGGCAGAGACGGAGGCUCAACUGCUCUUGGGUGUGGGGCUGAUUGAAAAAGAUACCAAUGGAGAUGCCCUGUGGGUUUGGUGUUACCCAUCUACAACAAAUGCAUUAAGGGAUCUCUUGUUGAGAAAAUGCUGCCUUACGGACGAAAGCAAACAACUUCACACUUUCAUAUUUGGUCAGUACAGACUGACAUGGUUUUAUGUUACAACUAUGGAAGUUCCAGAUUCUUCAGCUUUGAAAAAGGUGACCCAUUUUUCCAUUGUCCUGACCACCAAAGACUUUAACCCAGAGAAAUAUGCAGCCUUUACUAGGAUCCUUUGUAGAAUAUACCUGAAAUAUGGGAGUCCUGUGAAAAUGAUGGAGAGUUAUAUUUCCGUCCUUACCAAGGGGAUCUGUCAGAGUGAAGAAAAUGGCUCCUUCUUGAGCAAAGAUUUUGAUGUCAGAAAAGCUUACCUUGCAGGCUCCAUCAAAGAUAUAAUAUCUCAAUUUGGAAUGGAAACUGUCAUCCUGUAUACUGCACUCAUGUUAAAGAAAAGAAUUGUAGUAUAUCAUCCCAGAAUAGAAGCUAUCCAGGAAUUUACCAGGACUCUACCAGCUUUGGUGUGGCAUCGGCAAGAUUGGACAAUCCUUCAUUCAUAUGUACAUCUGAAUGAUGAUGAAUUGGAAGCGUUAAAAAUGUGUCCAGGUUACAUUGCUGGAUUUAUAGAUUUGGAAGUGAGCAACAGGCUAGAUCUCUAUGAUGUAUAUGUGAACCUGGCUGAAAGUGAGAUCACCAUUUCUCAGCAAGCAAAAGAGGCAAUCACAAUGGGAAAACUGCACAAAGAAAUUGGACAGCUCAUUGUUCAGUCUGCAGAAGAUCCAGACAAAACUAACAGUCAAGUUGUGAAGGACAUUUCGCUGAAGACGAAGGAAAUCUUGACAAACCUGGCUUCAUUCACAGAAGUUUUGCACGACGGUGAAAAGCCAUCCCUCAACUUUGAAGCACUGAAACAGAAGCGGUUUCCACCAGCGACUGAAAAUUUCCUCUACCAUUUGGCAGCUGCUGAACAAAUGCUUAAGGUCUGAUGUUUUAGAUGAACUUCAGCACAUCACUUCAAAAGGAAACUCUUCUUUGCCAUAAUACUUUAAGUAUCCCACACCUUUAUAAAGCAGUUGACAGAGAAAAGAGGGGUAAGG